AUGGCCGAGGAAUCAUGGAUCGGGACCUGUGUCCGGUGCACUGAGCUUCUGGCCAGCGUGCCUCUGCCUGUUCUCCUUGUUACCAUCUCCGCGACCCUGCUGGGCGCGUUCGUUCUUUUCUACACUAUCUUAUACCUUGUCGCGCCGACCCCCCGAAAAUCAUUGCCGGAGGAGAAACAAUACCGCACCCUCUCGAAGGAUGGAGCAAUCACCCACCCCGACGCGUUACCCUGCUGGCAAGACGCCCUGGAGUCCCAGAAACAGCCUGGCCGCAUCCUCGACCACUCACAUAUGGAGGAGGCCGAGAUCUUCAUGUCCCUGGUCGUCCCGGCCUACAACGAGGAGGACCGGCUCACCGGCAUGCUGGAAGAAGCAGUUAACUAUUUGGAGAAGAUGUACGGAACGCUCGGAGUGUCAGCAACCACUUCCAAUGGGACAGUGGCGGAUGCUGUACGCCAGCGGAAACCCGCCAAUGGGCACACGAACGGGCACACGCCCAAGUCCAAGUCCAACGGCGCGGUCCCCGCGGGCAAGGGCUGGGAGAUUAUCAUUGUGUCGGACGGGUCGAAGGAUCGGACAGAGGAGGUGGCGUUUGCGUUCGCGCGCGACCAUCAGCUCUCGUUGCAUCCGAAGGGGUAUGCGGGGCCUUGGACCCCGACACCGCAUGAGGGCGUGCAUAUCCCACCCGGCACGAUCAGGGUGGUCACGCUGACGGAGAACCGGGGCAAGGGGGGCGCGGUUACGCAUGGCAUGCGGCAUGUGCGCGGGGAGUAUGUGGUGUUUGCGGAUGCGGAUGGAGCCAGCAAGUUUGAGGAUCUGGGGAAGUUAGUUACUGCGUGUCGGGGCAUCGAGGAUGCGGAUGGACGUGGAGUCGCGGUGGGAUCGCGCGCACAUAUGGUUGGGAGUGAAGCGGUUGUUAAGCGGUCGAAACUACGCAACUUCCUUAUGCAUUCCUUCCAUCUGAUCCUGUGGCUGAUGACGCCCCCGAAGACGGCGACUAUCAAAGAUACCCAGUGUGGAUUCAAGCUCUUCUCGAGGAGCUCCCUGCCAUACAUCAUCCCCUAUAUGCACUCGGAAGGAUGGAUCUUCGACGUUGAGAUGCUCAUGCUUGCCGAGUUCUCUGAUAUCCCAGUUGCAGAGGUGCCUGUAGGCUGGAGGGAGGUCAAAGGCAGCAAGUUGAACGUCAUCCGCGAUAGCAUCGGUAUGGCAUGGGGUCUGGCGGUGCUGCGCGCAGCAUGGACAUUGGGUGUCUACAGACGGACAUGA